CAUGUAAACUUUGGUCAGAUGUUUAGAUGAACUUUCUUAAAACACAUAAACUUUAUUGUUUUAUGUGUUAUUUUAUUCAAAGAUCGUAUAAAAAGUUCAAUAGUGUUAGCCAAAGAAGACCCAGAAACAACACUCCAUCCGAUAACAAUCAAUCGAACUUGGGAACGCAAGAAUAUCACUCGUAUGAUAAAUCGUAUCGCUUUCAAAAUUGAAAAUUACCACCUGUUGAUCUUCUACAAGUAAAUUUUGCCAGUUUUUUCCAUUUUGCCACGAUCCUGGUGCUUCGUAAUGCAACACGAUCGACAUUUCAUAUAAAAAUAGGAGGGACGCUUCAGAAUUUAGAGUAGAUAUGGCUGUUUUCGCCAAUUUGUGCUGAUUACGUUUUCUUAAAUCAUAUUCAUCGAAUUUUGGAAAUACCGGAUACGCGGAAGAAUCGUAAUCGUGAAUCACCUCGCGUAUGACGACACCGCCGACGUUCAUACUAUGACCACAUUAACUUUUGAUAGUGGAUCUUAGAAUAAUUUUUAUUCUUCAACCGAGUUAUCUUAUCACAAAGAUAAUGCUGUUCUUUCUGUACGUUCCACUUGCGACAUAAAACAACCAAUUCUUCGAUUACCAUUAGGUGUGUGGUUGAAAUGAACCUGGAUGCUAAGAAAAAGAAUCAGAAUCAGUCGACAUGGCGAUUGUGGGGUGAAGAAAAAACGGACAACGCCCUGUAUACAAUUUAUUUAAAGAAAGUGCGAUACCACCAGCCGCUGAAAAGUGUCUCUCUGGAUUCAGACGACAAUAUUUCUCAUUUAGAAUGGGAAACAGUGCGUGUGAAAUUUGUAAAAGCUGGCACGUUGGAGAAGUUGGUGGAAUGUUUAACCGGUGAUGAUUACGAAUUGGAAUCUACUUACAUUAAUGUUUUUUUCGCUACUUACAGAACUUUCACUUCGCCUCACAAAUUACUCGCCUUAAUGUUAGAAAGAUACGAAAAACUAAUAAAUAAUGAAUUCAAUCUGCCCGAUACCGUGGUACAGCAGUGUAAAAAAAGCAUUGUGGUCUCCAUACACGUAUGGCUCGAUUCUUACCCGGAUGAUUUUCGGGAUCCCCCUUUACAUGCAGUUUUACAAAAGCUAAUAUCUUUUGCUCAACAUUACAUACCAGAAUCGGAUCUGUUGUUGAAAGCAAAACAUAAACUACAACGAUUACUAAACGAGGAUGUUCAAACUACAGAUAGUAACACUUUAUUAUCACCUCCAGAAAGUGGCAUAUCUUUCAGCACAAACGGAUGUCAUAGUAUAAGUUGCAGUUUUCCAAAUGUUUCCUGUAAACAUGUCGCCGAACAAUUGACUCGCAUUGAUAUGGAACUUUUCAAAAAAGUGAUUCCCCACCAAUGUUUGGGAGCUGUGUGGUCCCGAAGAGACAAAUCACGCUCCACAGAAGCUGCCUCUGUUCUGGCUACAGUCAGUCAAUUCAAUGCAGUCUCUUUUCGCGUUAUGAGUACUGUACUAAUGGAUCCAAAUUUGAAGAAUAUAGAUCGAGCAAAAAUCAUUGCAACAUGGAUUGAUAUAGCACAAGAAUUAAGGGUGUUGAAAAAUUUUUCAUCUCUGAAAGCGAUUGUAUCUGGUUUACAGUCUAGUCCAGUUUAUAGAUUACAUAAAACAUGGCAAUUGGUACCCAAAGAAAAGGUUGAAAUGUUCAGCGAACUAGAGAGAAUUUUCAGUGAAGACAACAAUCAGUGGGCCCAAAGAGAGUUGUUAAUCAAAGAAGGCACUGCCAAGUUUGCGGAUACAGUUGGCCAGAAUGAUAAACAUCUGCAGAAAAUUAUUCAACGCCAACUUAAUAACAGUGGGAGCAUCAGCCAUGGAACAGUGCCUUACUUAGGAACAUUCUUAACCGAUUUAACAAUGAUCGAUACAGCGAUUCCAGAUUACAUACACAAUCGUUUAAUUAACUUUGAUAAAAGAAGAAAAGAAUUCGAAAUUUUAGCACAGAUCAAAUUACUUCAAGGAGCUGCAAAUGCCUACAAUUUAGUCAAAGAUGCCGCUUUUGAUCGAUGGUUUGACUCGAUAUUAAUACUUGACGAGCACGAAGCAUACAGACUGUCUUGUUCAAUAGAAAGUGAAAAUCUUAGAGGUCAUCAUUUGAGCAGCGGUACAUUUUCUGCUGGUAUGGAUCAUGGAGUUACCAGUGGGACUGGGGCCGAGACUGGGGCUAUCAUCAAACAAACCAAAUAUGAACACAAAAAGAGCGAUUCGUUGGCCAGCAGUUCUGGUGAUUCGAGCAGUCACUUUUAUUUUGACCUGUCAACCGAUAGCCUGCAAUCGUCACCACGUACUUCUUUUGAAAGAAAAAAAUCGUUUUCGCAAAUAUCAACGUCAUCCAGUACAUCGUCAACAGUAUCAACUAGUGAUAAUAGUCACACUAUCAGCACUGGUCUCACUGCUGAUAGAAUAAUCAAAACACCUUCCACUAAUUCAUCAGCCACUCAUAAUUCAAUGUCUUGUUUGCCUUUGACGGAAUUCUACAUAAUCCGGGUCACCACAGAAACUGAUUCUUCUGAGGCUGAAGGAAUCGUUUUAUAUAAAAGCAUCAUGUUGAGUAAUAACGAAAGGACACCCCAAGUUAUCAGAAACGCCAUGAUCAAGUUGGGCAUCCAUGGGAAUCCUGACAAUUACACCCUUUCACAAAUUUUCCCCGACAAAGAAUUGGAGCUGCCACCAAAUGCCAAUGUAUUCUAUGCUGUGAACACGGCGUAUGAUUUAAAUUUCAUCUUACGAAAAAAAGAGAAACUUGUAACAAAACAAACGUGUAAUAAUAACUUUCCCAACAAAUGUAAAACUAAUAGUAAGAAUUCGAUACCAUUAAAAGAGAGCUAGUACUUCCUA